UUUGAUAACAUUCCAUCAGUUUCACACAUUCAAUCAUCUGAUGGCAAUUUAUGUAUCAGAGUUUUAAGAAAUAUACAUUAUUCGACGCAAACACGCAAUAGUUCAUUAACAUAUACAUACAGUUGUGUAUGAUUAAUAACAUUUGAUGCGGCAUUUGUAAUUCAGUUGCUCUACAAUCGUUGUGUGUGAAACAUACAAUAAUUUAGUGUAGUGUAGUUUCAGUAGAGAGAAAGUUUCGCCUUCAUUUUUCGUAAAGAAAAAAAAACACAAAAAAUAUUAUAUCUUUCAAAAUGAAUUAAAUUACUUUAAAUUUUCAUUUGAAACGUUAAGAAAAAACACAGAACAAAAUGAAUGAAGAAAUUGGGCCAUUUCUGAAGAGCACUUUGCCGACAACACAAGUUGAGUUGACCUUGAGCGGUAAAAAUCUUCUCAAUACAGAUAUUCUGAGUAAAUCCGAUCCAUUCUGUUUGAUUUCAAUGAAAGAGUCUUGGCAAAAUCGAUAUUUUGAAAUUGCUCGCACCGAAGUCAUCCAAGAUACGCUCAAUCCAGAAUGGGUGAAAAAAGUCAUUCUGAACUAUAAUUUCGAAACGAUACAAAAACUUCGGUUUGAACUUCGUGACGAGGACGACGGUGACUAUGACUUUUUGGGUGUUUUCGAAACAACGCUCAGCGAAUUGGUCUCGUUUUCGGGACGUCAAUUCGUUGGUAAACUGAAUGGACAGACAGGACAAGAUUUUGGUGAAAUCAUUGUAGUUUGCGAAGAGGUUGCCAGCUGUAAGCAAAUAGCCGAGAUACAAUUUAAUGCAGUGGGUUUACCAUCUUCCGGGUGGUUAUGCCUUGGUUUGACUGGUCGUGAUGCAUUUUUGGUCAUAUCACGCAGCAACGAAGAUGGAUCUUAUUCGGUUGUUUCGAAAACCGAAGUUGCACACGGAACACAGAAUCCCCUUUGGAAACCAUUUAGCAUUCGUGCAACGACACUUUGCAACGGAGAUUUCGACCGGACUAUCAAGAUUGAUUGCUACGACCAUAAGAAUGAUGGAGAUCACAAGCUGAUUGGAACGUGUUAUUCAUCAUUGAGAAGCUUAAGCGCUCAAAAUGAACCGCCCAUGAUUUUGAUCAACGAACGAAAACGUAAAGAAGAUCCAAACCAUUCGGCUGGCGUUUUGAAAGUGUACAAAGCUCGUAUUGUUGAAGAAGUGACCUUUUUGGAUUACAUUAAAAACGGAACGCAAAUGCAUUUCGCUGUGGCCAUUGAUUUCACCGCAUCGAACGGUGUACACACCGAUCCAAAUUCACUGCAUUUUUUGAGCUCACAACGAUUGAACUUUUACGAGCUCGCAUUGCGUGGCGUUGGCGAUAUUAUUCAGUAUUAUGAUAGCGCGAAAAUGUUUCCUGCAUUCGGUUUCGGUGCAAAAACACCGCCGACUUUCCAGGUUUCACAUCAAUUUCCCCUCAAUGGAAACCCAGCUCAUCCAUACUGUACAGGUAUUGAAGAAAUUCUGGUUCAAUAUCGCAACCAAUUGAGUAUGGUCCAACUGUACGGACCAACAAACUUUGCCCCGGUAAUAAAUAACACGGCUACCAUAGCAACUCAAUUCCAGGAUGGGCGUCAUUAUUUCGUGCUAUUGAUAAUCACCGAUGGACAAAUUUCGGAUUUGCAUGAAACAAAACGCGCCAUAAUAAAUGCAUCCGCUCUGCCGAUUUCGAUAAUCAUUGUUGGCGUUGGAAAUGCUGAAUUCGAUAAUAUGGACGCAUUGGAUUCAGAUGAUGCUCUCUUGAGUGCUGGAGGUCAACGUGCCAAGCGAGAUAUCGUCCAAUUUGUUCCAUUGAACAAGUAUCUGUCGCGCAACGGACCGGAUCAGUUCAUCAAAUCACAAGCUGAUUUAGCUAAAGAAGUUUUAGCAGAAAUUCCACAACAGCUUACCUCUUUCAUGAAAUCACACGGAAUAAAGCCACAAAAUGCGACUUCAAAUGUGCCUCCAAAUAAUUCAAACAUUGUGCCAACUGCACCCAUGUCUUAAAAUAGAUUUUUAAGAGUAUUUUUACAACAAAAAGAACUAUUUUUAGUCACACUACUUACUAUAUUCUCAUGCCUGGUGCUCGAAUUUUUUGUUUUUUAAAAGCUUAGAUAUAAUCAAAGUUUUCUGCUUUUUUUAUUGACGUACAAAAAAUAUUUACAAAAGUUAUGACAAAAGUGCUUUCUAUUUUAAGUACGGGUAUAAUCUAUUUAAGAUAGAGAUAGAGAUAGAUAAUUCAUUCCAAGAUUUGUUUUAACUCACAAUCAACAUGUUUCAAAUAUUUCUAGAGCUCUAUACAUCGUGCAUUAAAUAUAUAUCUUUUAUUUGUUAUUUAUAUAUUGAAUUGUAUUUUAUUCUAUUCUGAAGAUUUUUUUUAUAUUAAUAUUACAAUCAUUACAAUGAAACUAUUGUCAUCGUCCAUUUCAAUGUCGAAUCGAACAAAGUCUAUUGAGUUUUACAAUUUUUAAUGCUUUUAGAAUUGAAUAUUUACUAAUAAAGUGAGUUAUUUUGAAUCUUCAAAA